AUGGGAGCUUGUGUUUCAAGUCAACAAGGUUGUGUUGGAGGAAUGUUUAACUCUUCCAAGAAAAAAAGAAGAAGAACUAUUGGAUUCAGAAAAAACGUUUCUUCAUCAUUGGAUACUAAUAAUACUAAUACUAAUACAGUUGAUUUGCCUCCACAUUCAUUUUCCAAUCCCACUUUCCAAGGAGGAACUAUUGAUGAGGCAUGGUUUGAUUCAGCUACAGUGUUUGAUUCUGACUGUGAUGAUGAUUACCAGAGUGUUCCGGAUGAUGUUGUAUCUUUGAACGGAAUUGAAGGUGGAUCUGUAUCAAGUUUUCAAUCUUUUAAAGAUGCUGUCAGUGCCAACCAUAGAGUUUCAACUGAUCAAAUUCAGAAGCCGGUUAUUUACGAGGCUGCUAGAAGUUCAGAUGUUCAAAAUUUUGGUGUAGAUGGAAAUGCAAUUGAAGUGAAUGAAGCUGUGUUCCUUGACGAUAUCUCCUCUGUUGAUGCGAGUUCCAAUAGGGACGAAGGAAUUUUGGAUAAUUGCGGCAUUCUUCCUAACAAUUGUUUACCAUGUCUUGCAUCUACCGUUCCUUCUUUUGAAAAGCGAAGAUCGUCGUGUUCAAGUCCUCCUAGUUCAAGGAAAAAGACUCCUACCAAAGUUUCUAGUCUAUUUUCUUCAAAGACACUUCUACAAAGACCAAUUGCAGGUUGUCAAGUACCCUUUUGUCCAAUUGACAAGAAGAUGCUUGAUUGUUGGUCACACAUUGAACCAGGAACUUUCAAAGUCCGAGGCAUAACUUAUUUCAAGGACAGGAAGAAGGAGUUGGCUCCUAACUAUUCCGCAUAUUAUCCGUUUGGAGUAGAUGUUUUCUUAUCUCCGCGAAAAGUCGACCAUAUAGCUCGGUUUGUUGAACUUCCUACUGUUAGUAGUUCAUCUGCUAAAUUUCCACCCAUUCUUAUUGUUAAUGUUCAGAUCCCGCUUUACCCUACCACACUUUUUCAAGGUGAGACCGAUGGCAAAGGAACGAGCUUUGUUUUGUACUUUAAACUUUCGGAAAGUUACGCCAAGGAACUUCCUCUACACUUUCAAGAAAACAUCAGAAAGUUUAUGGAUGAUGAAGUUGAAAAGGUAAAAGGUUUUCCGCUCGAUACAAUUGUGCCAUUUCGAGAGCGGUUGAAAAUUCUAGGCCGUGUUGGCAAUAUUGAAGACCUUCAAUUGAGUGCAGCAGAAAGAAAGCUUAUGCAGGCUUACAAUGAGAAACCUGUUCUUUCGCGUCCCCAGCACGAGUUUUACUCGGGAGAAAAUUACUUUGAGAUUGAUAUAGAUAUGCAUAGAUUUAGCUAUAUCUCUAGGAAAGGGUUUGAAGCAUUCAUGGACAGAUUAAAGAACUGCACUCUAGAUGUUGGCCUUACAAUUCAGGGGAACAAAGUUGAGGAGCUGCCAGAGCAAGUGUUAUGUUGUAUUAGAUUAAAUAGCAUUGACCACUCAAAUUACCAACAACUAGGGCUAACUCAAGAUCCACUAUAA